UCUAGUCUCCGUGGUUUUAACUGUCAGUCAUUAGUGCUGUUUAAACAGUGUCGCUACAUUCAGAGUUAGAAACACUGUCAGAGUGUCUCAGAAUAAAACAAACAUCAGCAUGGAGUCAGAAAACGGAGUUACAGAGAGGAGCAGAGUGUGCUAACGAAGCUAACCUGGAAGCUAACGGCCGACUGUAACCGAGCAGCGGACACAUGGAGCAGUUCAACCCGCCGUCACCGCUGAUACUUACCGGUAACCUGGCUGAAAACUGGCGCAGAUGGGAGCGGCGUUUUGGGCUGUAUAUAGUGUCCUCUGGAGCAAAUGAAGAGGAGGAGGAUGUGAAAAAAGCCAUUCUUCUUCACUCCAUAGGCGAGGAUGCUCGAGAGGUGUUCAACACACUGACAGUCAGCUCAGCAGGUGAAAAUGCAACGAUGGAGGAUAUUCUGGAGGCUUUUAGAGAAUACUGCAGCCCUCUGAGCAAAGACAUCCAGCAGCUGGUUGGGAAAGAUGAAGAGGUUCUCCCUGAGCAGCGGGAGGGGAGCUCCAGCCUGAAUCAGGAGGAGCCACCAGAACCAGCACACAUAAAAGAGGAACAGGAGGAACUCUGGUACAGUGAAGCAAGAGAGCAGCUUCACGGAGAGGAGGAUAUCAUUAUGUUCACAUUCAAUCCUGGCUCUGUGAAGACUGAAGAAGAGAAUGGAGAGGAACCUCAGACCUCACAGCUUCAUGAAGACCAAAGUGAAGAGAGCAGGGACAAGGAGCAUUUCAAAAUAGAAGCUGAUGGAGAACAGUGUGGAAGAUCAGAGUCAGACAGAGACUUUGAUCAAGACUGUCAUUUCCCUCCAGUUACUCCUGAUGAGACUUCAGACCUUUCUGGAUCUGAAACUGAUGACAGUGGUGACUGGGAGGAAAGUGAUGAACCUCAUGAAGGUUCAAAUUUUCUGCAAAACAAAGACAUAGCUGUGAGUAACACGAAGUGUAACACCUCUAGCUCCUCUGAAUGUGCUCCAAGCCUUAGAAAAAAGAAACGACAGAAGAAGCAAAAAGACGAGAGACCAUUUAUUUGCUCAGUUUGUGGUAAAAGAUAUGUGGGCAAGAACAAUUUGAAUCAACACAUGUUACGCCACUCUGGAGAAAAAAAAUUCAGCUGCUCAGUUUGUGAGAAAAGUUUUAUUGGUAAAGUAGAGAUGGUGAGGCACAUGAGAGUCCACACAGAUGAGAGACAAUUUAGUUGUUCAGUUUGUGGUAAACAAUUCAAACGAAAUGGAGCCCUAAAGAGUCAUUCUAUUAUCCACACAGGGGAGAAACCGUUUAGCUGUUCCAUUUGUGGUAGAAAAUUUUAUGAACUUGGAAAUCUGAGGGCACAUGCAGUUGUCCACACAGGGGAGAAACCUUUCAGUUGUUCAGUGUGUGGUAAAGGUUUUUCUCAUCAUGGAAAUAUGAGAAGACACUCUGUUGUCCACACAGGAAAGAAACUGUUUAGUUGUUCAGUUUGUGGUAAAAGUUUCGCUCAACAUGAACAUCUGAGGGCACAUUCUGUUAUCCACACAGGGGAGAAACCGUUUAAUUGUUUAGUUUGUGGUAAAAGUUUUUCUCAUCAUAGAUAUCUGAGUGCACAUUCUAUUGUCCACACAGGGGAGAAACCAUUCAGUUGUUUAGUUUGUGGUAAAAGUUUUACUCGACAUGUAAAUCUGACAAGACACUCCAUUGUCCACACGGGGAAGAAACCGUUUAGCUGCAGUGUUUGUGAUAGAACAUUCACUCGACUUCAACAUGUUAGGAAACACAAGUGUGUCAGUGAGAGCAGCGAAAAUGAAAUCAAAACACAAGACUCUCAUCAAACCAGCCUCCCUCUAUAGACAUGCUUUUUUUCACUCAGGUUUGUCUGCCCCAGGAUUCUCCUGCUAUCUGCACAAUGCUUACAAUCUCAGAGCGUCUUAGAGCUGCUGCCUCCUGUACUGCCUCUCUAGGGUGUAUUAUAUUUCCAUCAGGUCAGGUAUGAGAGCGUAUGCUGUUUUGGCACAUUACCACAUCAACCUUGGCCUCCAGCUUCCUGAUGGCCAUCAUCCAGCUUUGCACCAGGUCCAUGCCCCAUCUCUCCAUGUAUCUUCCCAGUUGACUCAGGUAUACGAGAGUCCUCAAGAGUAGACAUGCUCCAGGCACGGACUUGGACUGACUGCCUCAGGUUGAGCUGAAGUAUUUGAGAAGAGGUUGUCGACACCGCAGCGCCAGCUGAAAUGUUCAACCUACAUUUGCUGUGCAGGGAUUUCCAUGUAUUCCCUUACAUGGGUCUUUCAAACAUGGGUGUCUACAUGUGAAGAAGCUUAAGGCCGUGGUGGUGCAUACCUGUGUCCCUAGGCUCCGAAGGCAAGAGACACCUGACCCCCUUUCAGCUGUGGGACUGCUGUAACCAUAUAUUUCUAUCUCUUUCUUUUCUCGUUCUUGUGCGACUUUGGCCGACUUUGCUUAUAUUUGCCGCAGAGACAAUAAUCAGUGAUUGGUGUAAUCAUUUCCGUUUUUUGUCCUUAAAACCCUCACAUGCAACCUCAACAGAUAAUAGUUCUCAGUCUUUGCUAGUUUUCCACAAGCCCAAACACUGAACCUCACAUCCUCUAAAACUCUAAUUUCUCCUUGCUAACCUUGAAGGUCCUGGCUUUUGGUUCUGCAUCUAUGAUGAGUCAUAGAUGUAUCUUAAAUAACAAAUCUAAUUUUCAUAUUGCAUUUUCUGUCUUCUUUUGAAUGUAAU